AUGAAACUACAUCUUUUCACAGGAAGUGCGCAGAUAGUUCGAGAUGAGAGAUUCACCGAUGCCAGGCAGAGCUCGAACCGCUCUUCACAGGGGUUGGAAGAGACCAAGUCAAUCCGGGAGCCUUCUGAAUCAGCAGCACCAUCUACAGCCAAGUCAGCUGUGAUCAUAGCAGGUCUCUUCUUAGUCAUGUUCCUCAUCGCCUUAGACAGGCUGAUCAUUGGUGUUGCCAUUCCAAGUAUUACAGAUCAAUUCCACUCUCUAGAGGAUAUUGGCUGGUAUGGUUCAGCGUAUCUGUUGACCUCGUCUGCUUUCAUGCUUUUCAUGGGACGAAUCUACACAUUCUACAACCCAAAAUGGGUAUAUCUCGGCUCCCUUGUCGUUUUCGAGAUAGGCUCCGCAGUAUGUGGUGCUGCCCCGAACUCGAAUGCCCUGAUUAUCGGCCGUGCUAUCGCAGGAUUGGGAAAUGCAGGACUCUUCCAAGGCGCUGUCGUCGUCAUUGUCUAUAUCAUCCCUCUACAUCAGCGCUCGCUGAUCAUGGGUCUUGGUGGCGCCGUCUUUGGCGUCGCGAGCGUCAUUGGUCCUCUUCUAGGGGGCGCCUUUACUGACGGUCCUGGAUGGCGAUGGUGUUUCUACAUCAACCUACCCUGUGGUGGAGCCGUAUUUGUGCUACUAGUAUUAUUCUUGCACAUUCCGAAGGAAAUGCUCAAUCGAAAGCCGACCACGGCCAGAGAGAAGGUGGCCCGCCUCGAUCCGAUCGGCACACUUUUCUUCUUACCUGGCAUCACCUGCCUGUUGUUGGCUCUACAGUGGGGAGGCGUGACCUAUCCUUGGUCUGAGAGCAGGAUCAUUGCUCUCCUUUGCUCAUCAGCAAUCCUCAUAGUCGCGUUCGCGAUUGUGCAAUGGUGGAAGAGUGAUAACGCGACUGUACCAAAGCACAUCGCUACACGACGUGGUAUCAUGGCGGGCGCUUGGUUUGCUCUUUUCAGUGAGGGAGCAACGACCGUGCUGACCUACUUUUUACCCAUAUGGUUUCAGGCCAUCAAAGGCGCGUCGGCGGUGCACUCAGGCAUCAUGAACCUGCCUUUGGUACUUGGCAUAGUGGUCACUUCAAUACUAGCUGGUAUUGCGACGAAACGGAUCGGCUACUUCACACAAUGGAUGAUCUUGUCCUCUGCCAUCAUGCCGAUCGGUGCAGGAAUGAUUUCAACCUUCACGCCAGCCACUGGUCAUUCUGCCUGGAUUGGGUACCAGGCGUUAUAUGGACUCGGCGCUGGCCUUGGCAUGCAACAGACUUCACUGGCGGCUCAAACUAUUCUCCCUCGGCAAGAUGUGGCGACUGGUGUGGCAUUGAUGCUUUUCUUUCGGACUUUAGGAGGCGCGAUCUUCAUCAGCGUGGGCAACAAUGUCUUCGUCUCUCGUCUGGCACACAGUUUGCUGGAAUUAACAGGACCUAACGUGGGAUCUGUGGCGAACAUGGGUGCGACAGAUUUGAGGCAGAUGAUUUCUGCAACGCUUCUGCCGCAAGUACUGACUGCCUAUAACGACGCACUUCGAGCUACAUUUAACCUAGCCACUGCAAUAUCGUGUUUGACGGUGUUUGGAGCAGUGUUCAUGGAGUGGAAGAGUGUAAAGCAGGGAGCAGAUGCCGAUGAGGCGAAGAACGAGAAGACCGAAGUGUAA